AUGGCCAUUUACGCCGAAAUCCAAACAACGAACAUUGUUUUAAGUUGUGUACCUUCCAUUGAACUUGUUAUACGGAUGGUUUGGAUGUGGCAGCCCACUGCGGCCGGCCAGUCUGCCUCGGUCUGUGCCAACGAUUUUUCUUUCCCGGUAUUCCGUAGACACGCUGACGGGCUAGCCAUGUCCAACGCACUGCACGAACACACCUCACCACAAACAUCGCCUUGUUCGACAAGUCUCCAAGGUACAAUGGCAUCCUAUCGAGUUGCUGGGGAGAAAAUAACCCCAGAUGAAAUACCAGAUACCGCCACGGACUGUCCACAGCUCGCUAACCAGUCAUUGGUCAAUGACACCCCAUCCAAGCUGGCACCCAGCCAAGCCCCUCCUCUAGAGGAAAAAGAGAGGAGUGGCCUUGAUUUGCGCCUGUCCUGUUUCCAGCCUAGCCGCCGGUUGGAGGACCUGGGCGCCGCUGCCAAGACGAGAGCCAGACACCGACAGACGGGGCAAGCCAUGAAGGAUUCAAUCCAUCCCCUCACAUCAGUCCCAUCAAGUCUCAUCAGGGUCCCGUCCUGCAAGUUGCAACCCAUGCCAGCCAUGCUGAGGCUACUGCACGUCUUUGGCCUUAUCCAUCGCCCUGCAGAACAGUGGGGGCAUAUCGAUAACGCAUCUGCGGCGACAGGUUGCCUCGUCUACAAGUGCGAUCUGAUACCAUUUCUUGGGCGUCUCACUUGUGUAUUGACCCAAGCGACCGACCACAACCGCUCUGCACAAGGCCGGGGCCUGCCCACUACCCCGGCCCUAACAGCGCCCAAAGCCGAGCUGAACUGCGACUGCUUGUACUACGCAGCAAGCAGCCUACGCGCCUGGCCUCUUAUUGGGGUCAUACAAUUGCAAUUAAACUCGAGUCGCACCAAUUCCAGCCCAUCCAUUCAGUCUCUCAGUUCAAGAGCCGCAGCCCACGGCAUGAGUGUUCAGUUCCAAGACACUCCACAUGGCAAGUCGCCAGAGCGCCAAAGCAGAGCAGACAGGACUCAUCAUAAAACUCGCACAUACUCUGUCGAAUCUCAGAUAUUUGCCCCCAUGGCUACUCUACCAAUCGAUGUUGCCAACAUGGACAAGCACUGGAACUUGUCCUACUUCCAAGAAGCCGACGCAGGUGUGCCGAUUGUCGCGGUGCACAUCUGCGCUUAUAGCGAUCUCGCGGAUGCUGCCCUUCCCCGACUACGGCGAAACUCGGACCACGACCCCGUAUUCGAUUCGGACGAGGAUCACACGGCGUCGCGCUUCUAUCAGGGUACCUAUCAGAUCCCAGAAAACGUGCCAAACCAUUGGGCCGUGCUCCUGGAGCUCCGUAACGGCGGCGGGCGGGGGUUAAAUUCGAAAUGGCGCCGUCGUGGCAGGCUGGGCGGCCAUCACGCGAAGGCACGCUCCUCGAUUGUCAAGUCGGUGCGCUUUGGCGUCGUCUCGGUAGCCGACACCACGGUGCAGCAGGUUUUUGAGAAUGUGAGCCACAACGCGCGGCACCGCUACCUAUUCACAGAAGGUGGAGAGGGGUCGCGCUACUGGGUGCUCACGGUACUGCAGGAUCUCGAGACGGCCGAGAUACUAGGUGAGGCUGACGCCGAGGCCGCGGAAGAUGUGCUGAGCAUGAUUUGGUCGCGCGACAAGGAGGCGGUGGCCAAGCGGGUCCGGCGAGGCAUGUUUACGGACUGGACGAUACGCGGGGACAAGAAACCGAGUCUAUGGUCAUUGUAG